UUGGACUAUAAUGCCUUGUCAUGAGUGGCAUAACCAACCAGCUGCUUCUUUCACAAGCCAAAAUGAAAAUGGGUUUUGCGUAGUUGCAAAGGAGUAGUCUUUCGAUUGGCAAGCUCUCAAACCCAAAUGGGUUUUGUUUUUGCAUUUGAUAUUUCAGGAGGCUGAAGUGUUUUGCUUUUUGGGAUUUUGGACAGGAGCCCAUUGCAGAGUCUAUAUUUGUUGCAAUCCAUGGCUGAUGAAUCUAGAAUUAGCUUGAAGGCCUUUGUGAACAAGAGGAACAACAGAAUCAUGUUCGUAGAGUCUGGUUCUGAUUUUGUUGAGACACUGUUCAGUUUCUUGUCAAUCCCCAUAGGAACUAUAAUCAGGCUUGCCCGUAGUCACUCAGUGCCGGUGGAAAUAGGUUGCAUGAACAAUUUGUAUGCAAGUGUUGAGAAUCUUGAUGUGCAGCAUUUCCGGACUGAAGCUUGUAAGGACAUGCUGCUAUGCCCCCGCAGUCGAGCAGGAGCGACUUUGAAGAACCUCAAAUUCAACAUUGAGGACCAUGAGACCACGCGGUACUUUAGGUGCUCUAAUGUGUCUUGCCAAAGCUUCCCAACCAAGAUUAGCUAUUACAGUAGUGUUUGUUGUCAUUGUGGAUAUCUAAUGGACAGAGAGAUCAACCUUUCAGUUAAAGUUGGUGAUGAGGUGUUUGUAAAAGGACUAUCCAGACUUAUUAUCAGUGAUCAUUUACAAGUCAUGGCCCCAGGAACUCCAGCAAUUUCUGUUUUCUUUGAGAAGCUUGGAAGCAUGGAUUCGAAUUCUAUUGAGGAAGUGACUAUGAACAUUGGAGUUGAUGAGGUUUUGAAUCUGCUUUUGUGCUCAUUUGUAUCAAAGACACCCCUGACUGAUAUACUUCUGAAGAAUACUGGUAAUCAACCAAUACACACAGUCUCUUAUACCCAAAUGCUGGGAGACACAAUGGGUGAUGGAGCUAACAUGUCUGUGAAGCUUAUAGUUAGCAAGUCUAAGAAGGUGGUUUGUUAUGCAGAAGCAGGGGAAGAUUUUGUUAAUUUUCUAUUCAGCUUCCUAAUUCUUCCACUUGGUUUUAUUUUAAAACAAAUUUGGUUUGAUUUAAAAGGAUGUGUUGAUCACUUGUACAGAAGUGUCCAGGAUCUUGAUGAGAAAUUCUUGAAAUCUCAUUUCUGCAAUGAACUGCUGCUUAGUCCCAAGCUUCCUCCUCGAUUUUGUUACAAAAAUCACCCUUUAGGAAUUGCAAUGGCAUCAUAUCGUUUUGAGUCAGCUGAAAUUGUGGACCCCAAAUCUCACGCUAAUGAAAAGGUUUGUGAUCAAGGAUUCUUAAAAGGGCCAGCCAUGUUUAUGGUAACUGACAGUCUUGCUGUAACUUCGAUAUCUCCCAUCCUUGGGCUGUCUAUUCUGAAUGAAAUGAAUGUACCUAUCACUGAUAUUGAGGUGAAAACAGUCUAUGUGGGUAAAGAGGAGGUGAGCUUGAUUUAUUAUUUUUGCUUUCCUCUACUAAAUCCAUCAUCAGUUUUGAAUAUUCAGCUUGUAUCCCUUACCCAAAUUUGAGUUAUUAUGUUGAUUUAGUGAACCUUGCUAUUGGUGCAUCGAUCGAUUCCCCUCCCCUAAACCAACUUAUUACGUAUACGUUGAAUCUGUCGACCAAUCCACAAGCUUCCACCAGUCAGUGGCAUUGUACACUCCACUGUGCAGCUACAGCCAUUUGAACUUGGUUACCCAAGUUUGGGUUCAAAGCAACACUUUGACAGUUCCCCUUUUAUUUAUUCUUUUGGAUGUCAGUUUCCUGUUUUAAUUGAUGGUUUAAUUUUGUCUCCAACUGCAGGCUUUCGGUCUUUUGGUGGCGUCUUUUGUUUCUGAUCGCUCUGCCCUUACCAGUGUUUUCCUUGGUUAGAUAAAUGAGGAUCAAGAUGUCUUGGUUAUCUAAGUUUGGAGGACAGAUGCAUUUUGUUGAUAAUAGACUUGGAGGUCAAGAAGUAGUGUUGUUUACAUAAUCAAAUGUUUAAUUUGGUUCUUUCUUUUGAUUAUGACUGCUCUAACCCCAGCUUUCCUCAGAAAGAGUCAGCAGGAUCAAUGAGGAUCAUGAUGGGUUCAUUAUCUAGUUUAAUGGGACUGAUUUACUUGUUGUUAGACACAUAGAACUCUAGUAACUAGUUCAUUUUCUUUUUUUAAAUUUCGUAUAAUUAUGACCUAUAGAUGAUGGAAUGCAUGAAAGCUCAAGGCCUUAUGGGUAUGAUUCAUGAUAGGAUCUAAGUAAAGCUUAGUCUUGCACCUCUCGCCUGAUCUCACUUGUGUUCAGUGGAAGUUCAUUUACUGUUUCAUGAAUGAAGAAUGUGAACU